AUUUAUUUAUUUUUUAAAAAGAAACACCAACAACAAAUAAGAAGCAUUCAAAGUUUUGUAUAUCUUAAUUAACUCCUUAUGUUCUUCUAACUUGUUGCUCCCUCCAUUCCUUGUCCUCUUCUUCCUUAUCCCUCCUCUCUUUUGUUGUUCACUUGUUUGUAGCAUUUAUUUUUUAUUUUUUUUAUACCAAAACAUCAUGGUUCUUGUAGCACUAUUGCUAGCGGUUCUAUUUAUUGCAGGCCUCAUAAAUAUUUUCUUUUACAUACCCAACAACAAAAUUCGUUCUUUCCUUCAAAUAAUUUUUCCCAAUAACGACAAUGUUUUCAAAACCAACUUGGCUACAACAACAAAAGUGGAAAGGGAUGCUUAUGGGAGAGAAGAGCUCAAAAAAGUGUUUUCAACUUUCGACAAGAAUGGUGAUGGAUUCAUAACAAAGCAAGAGCUGAAGGAAUCACUAAGGAACAUGAGCAUCUUGAUGAUGGAUAAAGAGAUUGAUGAUAUUGUUGUUAAGUUUGAUUCAAAUGGAGAUGGGUUGAUUGAUUUUGAUGAGUUUUGUUUGUUGAUUAGUGAGUCUAUGGGAGGGGGUGUACGAGAAGAGAAAGAGGGUGUGAAUAGUGAGGAAGGUGAAUUGGAAGAAUUUGAGGUGGAUUUGAAGGAGGCUUUUGAUGUGUUUGAUAAAGAUAAAGAUGGGAAGAUUUCAGUAGAGGAGUUAGCUUUGAUUCUUGGUUCGUUGGGAUUAAGGGAAGGGAAGAAGAUCGAAGAGUGUAAAGAGAUGAUUAGGAAAGUUGAUACGGAUGGAGAUGGUAUGGUUAAUUUUAAUGAGUUCAAGAGAAUGAUGAUGAAGGGAGGAAGAAAACUUGUCUUUGGUGCAUAGUUCAUUACAGCAUCUAUCUACUAAUAUGCAUGUUUGGAUUCACGAUUCACGACAUCAUCACAUCAAGCAGGACAAAAGCUUAUUAGUCAUUUAUUUGAGCCUAGCAUUUGCAACA